UGCCCCAAGUGGAGUUUGGCCAGGAUGCUGGAAAUGACGCCCCAGCGAUACUGAAAAGUGCUGUGGGCUGGUGACCUGUCAGAGAGUGGAAAGGCAGCAGCUCCCUGGCUCUGAGCAGAGGCUGAACUGUGGCUCAGGGGAGCUGAACUCCCACCACCACUUCCAGUGAUGGUGGUGCUUUCCUGUUGAGGUCUCCCAUUCAACUGCUCGUACCACCAGCUUUUGCUUGGCUUUGUAUCCGUCCCAGAGGAUCACAGUUGCAGGUGUCACAGCUACAGAGAGUCAAACUGAGUGUUUGUAAUCUUGCUUUCGAGUGAUUUGAACAAGAUGGAGCUGCCCUCCAGUCUGGUGGUUGGGUUUUUUGGACAGAGGGAGGGGAUUUCCUAGAGCAGACCAAAAAAGGCCCUCUUUGUUGGCUUUAUGGGGUAUAUACAUCCAAGUUUUGUUGGUUGAUUGUCUUUUUAAAUGCCUUCUCCAGCUGCUGUCCCAUGACUAACACUGAAUCCUGGGUUGUGUAGAGCUCACAGAGAAGGCCUUCCCUUAAAUACGUGGUUCACUGAACAUGUCCAAGAAGGAUCCGUGCCAGAAACAAGCCUGUGAAAUACAGAAAUGCUUGCAAGCGAACAACUACGUGGAGUCCAAGUGUGAAUCUGUCCUUCGGGAGAUGCGCAAGUGCUGCGCCCGCUACCCCCAGGGCAGGUCCAUCUGCUGUUCAGGCUUCGAGAGAGAAGAAAGGGAGAGACAGAAGUUUAAGGUGACUUCAGAAGGAAUUCCCCCACCACCUCAGUAACACAAUGCAGCUCCAGUGAGUGCUGGGGCAUGGACUCACCUGCAGAGCUCGUGUGUGGUUUUUUUCAAGCCUUCUUUAGACUGUCAGGAGAGCCCGAGCGCUCCCAGAACACACCGCUCGGCACACCAAAAAGUAAAACAGUACCAACAGAUGGCCUGGUUAACAAACUGUACCUUCUGUACGAAAACACCCUCUAUGUUGCCUCUGCAUCACACCCGUGAAAAGUCAACUCAGUGUUUUUAGAAUGCUUACCUUACUCUGAUCCAUCCUUGCUCUAAAAAUGGAGAAUUGGAACCAAGCUAUUCUGGCUCCUGGAGCGAGAGGUACAG